AUGAGCAUCUUUGGGAAAUUAAAGCAACAGCAUCAGAAUUCUAACUCAAAUGAGAAAGUAAGAAACUCAUCUCUUCCUCAAUCUGCGCGACCAAAGCAAUCCCAGCAAGCUCAGCAGCAGCAACUCGGUACUUUACAAUCAAAUCACGCUAGCCCACCUCCUAAUGCCGGCAUUGGAGGCAGAAUUCCUGUGAGGCAAACCUCAAAUCAAUCUCAAUCUCAACUACAACCUCCUUCUCAGCCUCAGUCGCGUAUACCUUCACGAUCCUACACGCCCAAAUCUCACAACCCAGAUCGUUACCCAUGGAUUACCGUGCCUAUGAAAACUCUCACUCAAGCUCCUUCCCUCAUUUACCCUCCUCCAUUUCCUCGCUACGGUCACUCCGCUAACACGGUUGCUAAUCAGCGUGGUCAUAUAUACGUUUUCGGUGGCUUAGUUGCAGACUCUGCCAUGAACGACCUUUGGAUGCUCGAAACUGAGGGCGCUCACUAUCCAAAUGCUAAUCCAAUCAGAGCUCAUUGGGUGCAUACCAACGGCGAGCUUCCUCCACCAAGAGUUGGUCACAGAAGUAUCAUGUGGAAUAAUUGGUUUGUUGUUUGGGGUGGUGACACUUUAAACGCUGAUCCAAUUGGUGCCGCAAGCCCGUCUCAAGAUAACAACUUGUACGCUUUCGACACUAAUAAUCGCUUUUGGCUGCGUGUUUCUAUCACUGGUGGCUCCCCUGUUGGUCGUUACGGACACUCUAUGGGCGUCAUUGGCGACAAGCUAUAUAUUCAUGGUGGUCAAGUCAAUGGGGACUUUUUCUCUGACAUUGCUACUUUUAAUCUCAACCAGCUCUCUAUGCCUGGUCCUUGCUUUUGGGAGUUCCUUGAGCCUGCCAAUGACCCACCACCAAAGCGCACUGGUCAUAUCUCAGUCACAUACCAUGACAAAAUCUAUAUCUUUGGUGGAACAGAUGGUCAAUAUCACUACAAUGAUGUCUGGAUGUUUGAUAACUCAAACAGCCAGUGGUCGGAGCUCAGCUGCAUAGGAUACCACCCAGUUCCCAGAGAAGGUCAUUCAGCCACAAUAGUCAAGGACGUCAUGUACAUCUUUGGUGGUAGAGGUACCGAUGGAAAAGAUCUCGGGGAUUUAGCUGGUUUUAACAUCCCCAAAAGAAGAUGGUUUGCAUUCCAAUCUAUGGGUCCAUCUCCUAAUGGACGUUCUGGCCAAACAAUGUCAACUUCAGGUGAAUCUGUUUUUGUCUUUGGAGGCGAAGCUUUCAAUGCACCUGAACCAGGCGCCACUAACGUUGGCGGCGAUGAUCCAAGUAUUGUUCAUGUUCUUAGACAUCCACGCAUCAAUUACCCCAAAUCGGAUGACAAUGCUAAUGGUGUAUCGCGUACACCAACUCCAAAACUUUCUGAAUCUCCUCAAAUCCAACAGCAACAGUUACCCCAACAAAAUCAAAAAUACACACAUACCGCCAACAACAGUCUUCAAUCCCAACAAUCAAAGGAUUCUCAAUACGCUAUAGUACCGUCACUUUACAAUAACAUUCCAAAUAGCGACGGAUUAGAAAAAGUGACAUCACCUUUAUCACCUACAGGCGUUACUAAAACAUCUAAUCAAUCAAUUCCAGCUAUAGCAACCAGGAACAUACCCCAAAGACCACGAAGAGCCGAUGAUAACAAUUUCGGUGUAACGAACAUGUCUCCUGUCGUUGAAUCACCUCGUUCUUCAACCAGACCAGGUAACUUGAAAGAGAUUCGUAAUCAAGUUUCUCUAGAAAAGAUGCGUCAAUCGCCGCACAUGACAUCACUAAACCAAAUUGGAAAGCAGGAAGGACAGACAAGAUCAUUAAGUCCUUCACAUUCGUUGGAAAAACCACCACAAGAUGCCUUCUACUAUUCUGAUGAAGUACGCAAUUCCGCAACUGAGAAACAACCUACUAAGAUUGAUCAACCUACAUAUGACGAGCUAAGAGAACUAAAUGCGCUUAGAAAGCGCGAUCAAUGGAUGAGGGUUGCGUUGGAAGCUGCGGUUAGAAACGGUUACAUCGUUCCACCUGGAGAGGAUAUCAAUUUGGAUAACCUUGGAGAGACAGAAGGUGACCAGCAUGCUGCGGACAAGAAGAAGAUUGUAGAUGCUCUGAUGCACAUGAAGCAAGAGCUCUCCAAAGCACAUUCAACUAUUAGCGCUCAAAGCUCGCAAAUUAAUUGUCGCCGAGAGGAGAGCGAACGAGCGCAUAUGACUAUAUUACAUGAAGCCGCAUUCCUAAAGGCAAAGUUACAUGCUCAUGAAAGUGGUAAUGUCGGUGAAUUGGAACAGUUAGACAAAGAUAAGAUGAAGUCCACAGAAACCAAGUUGAUGGAAAUAUUAUCUAAACACGGCGAUCUUGAACGAAAGUACAACGAUCUCGAAAAUCAACUCCAGUCAUCUAAAGAUGUAAAUGAGCUGUACACGGAUGAUCUCAAUAAUGCGGUAAAGAGAGCAGAUACCGCUGAAAGUUCUCAUUUGACAAUAAUGGAAGAGAUGCAUGAGCUACAAAGAAAAUUGCAUGUUGCUGAAACAUCUCUUCGUGACCAUCAAAUGUCAAACUCUGCGUCUAUUGCGAAGGCAUGUCAAGUAGAAGAAGCACAAAAAUCAAGGGAUGAACAUAGAUCAACAUUAUCUUUGCUAAGAGAGGCUUUGGAUUCAACGGAGGCUCGCUCAAAAGAGAUAGAGAAACGUUAUGAAGAUUUAGUUGUUGAACUUAAUGUCAGAGACAAGGCAAUGAGAGAAUUGCAGCUUGAGUCCGACACACACACACGAAAUCUUGAUAACAAGAACAAAGAGCUUGAAGAAGCCAAAGCCAGUCUAUUCAGUGUCAAAGAAGAGUCAGAUAAGUACAAGGGUCUCGUAAACGAAGGAUUGUCUCGUUUCCUUGGCUCUUCGAGUGAAUCUAGAGAUCUUGAUACGGAUGCUUCAUCAGACAAGAGACAAUCGACCAUGUUUAUUCCACAUGACAAGUACCUUGCUAUGGAACAAGAGUCUGGUGUUUUGAGAAGCUUAUUGGAAGCUGCAGGAGCCAAGGUUGAUGAAACACACGGUGAACUGGCAUUACAGAAUAAAAAAUGCUUAGAAUUGCAAGGUCAAUUGAGAGAAGUGUCAUCUCAGGUAUCAGCACUCCACGUACAGCUUAACGCUAAGCUACAUGACCACAAUGAAACGUACAACUCAAGCAAGAUUCUGCGGGAGGAGUUGGAAUCAAAGGAGCGACUCCUUUCCGAGACACAAAUUGAAUUGAGUGUACUAAAGUCAUACGUGGAAGAAGACGAUGGCAAGAAGGAUGAGGAAGUGAAUGAAAAAAACGAAAGGCAACUCGCUCUGAAUCAGGAACUUGAAAAGAAGCAUCAGAAGCUCCUGGAAGAGAAAAAUAAACUAGAGAGCAAGAUUGAAGAGAUGACAGCUCUAGUGAAUGAUCUUAAACUUGUAAAGGAAAGAAGUGUCUCUGAAGAUGACCAUUCGGAAGCUAAAGCAAGAAUCGAAACUCUGGAGAAGGAUUACAGACAAGCUGUUGACUAUGUUAAAGGGACCGAGAAAUUUGUCUACCGACUCAAGCAAGAACUCAUCAAAGCAAGAGAGAGCAACCAACAAUUAGAAAGAGAAAUAAAGAGAGGCUCUACUGACUCAUUAAGGAGAGAUUAUUCGACAUUGAAAGAUGAUCUCGAAAGACAAAGAAGAGAAGCAAAUGAUAAAGUAAAGGAUUUGGAAGCUGUUAUCAAGGAUAGAGAGGGCAUGAUUGAAGCGCAUCAGAGGGAGAUAAAGAGAGUGUCAAUGGCAUCAAAGAAUCAAAAUGCUUCAAAGCUUCUAAAAGAGAACAAAGAGCUGAUUGAGAAGAACGAAAGUCUAAGCCAGCGUGUACAAACGCUACUAGAUACGAUCCCAGAUAAUUAUGAAGAUGAAGACUUAUUAAAGUCUUAUAACAACUAA